AUGCUCAACAACUGCCAAAUCAACAACUUCAAGAUCACGCGCCAGAUCGGCGCUGGCGCGUACGGGCUCGUGUUCCACGCGACGGAUGUGAUCACUGAGAACGAAUACGCAAUUAAGGCCGUCGUCAAGACCGCCGGCGGGCUCGCCGGCGGUGUCGCCGACGGAGGUGCCGCCGCGGCGGCACCGGCCGCCGUGCUGCGCACGCAGCUGUACCACUACUUCAAAUCGUUCCAAAACGCGGUUUUCCUCCCUGCAGUGGACCUCGCGUCCAUCGCGGCGCUCACAGACGAACAGCUCGCGCGGGCUCCGCACUUCCGCGAGCUCGCGCUGCACCUGCGCGUGCACGCGCACCCGGCGGUCGUGACCGUGCACCAGGUGCUCGAGUCGCCGCUGGCGACGUUCGUGGUGAUGGAUCACUUCGAACGGGACCUCUUCACCGCGAUCGUCGACCACCGCCACUUCGCCGGCGACGGCCGCCGCGUCAAGAAGGCGUUUCUGCAGCUGUGCUCCGCGCUGCGCUACUGCCACGCCCAGGGCGUCUACCACUGCGACAUCAAGCCCGAAAACGUGCUGCUCGACGCACGUGACAACGUCUACCUGUGCGAUUUCGGGCUCGCCACCCGUGCACCACGCCUGCCGGCCUCGGUGUGCGUGGGUUCCAGCUACUACAUGGCGCCCGAGCGCGUGGGCGUGCGGCAAGCGGACGCGGCUGCGUCCGCUGCAUUGGCGGAUGCCGGCGCGGCCGACGCCGCGCCGGCCGCGCCGACCGUGCCCACCGCGGCCGGCGACGUGUGGUCGCUCGGCGUGAUCCUCAUCAACCUCACGUGCAUCCGCAACCCGUGGCCCAAGGCGAGCAUCCAAGACGAUGCCACGUUCCAGUACUACGCUCGAGACCCGCUGGUGCUGAAGCGGAUCCUGCCCGUGUCGAACGACCUGUGUGCCAUUCUGAACGCAGUGCUCCAGAUCGACCCGCUCAAGCGCAUCUCGCUCGAAGAGCUUGCGUCCCGCGUCGCCAGCUGUGCCAGCUUCACCACGUCGGGCCCUCUCGCACACGUGGACGUGCUGGAGCCGCGUGUGGUGCACGAUUUCGUGGCCGGCGACGACGGCGUCGCGCUGCGGAGCAUGUUGUACGGGUACCUCCACUCCGAUUCAGACCCGGAGCAGGAUUACCCAAACGGGCAGGCCGCUGCCGACGACAGUUCUGACUUUGGAGGGGUGUCGUCCGUCGUGACGACACCCACCGGUUCAGUCGACGGGAGCGAGCAGCGGCCGCUGCACAAGCGUCAAUUGCAUGAGUUACAGUCCCAGCCGUUUUCAGUCGCGUACUUGCAAUUGAACGAGUCGACCGCGACCAAUUACUCCACGGGAAGCAGAUGGCUGCCGCAAUACUAA